CCCCAGCAGGGGAGGUGGGAGGUGAAAGUACUCUAAGGAAGAAGACUCACCCUCAGGAAACUGCAGCACUUUUCCCGGGACUGUAUAUAAACCAGUGAAAUCCCCCAGUAUGAACAUGAAUUUCUGAAAACUCCUUCUGUCAACAUCAAUCUCUCUUAAGUUGCUCCUGGGAUACAGCUCAAAAUGAAGUUCAUUCCAGCAGGUGUUGUCCCCUUGCUGUUGAUGAUCCACUGCAGAUUGGUGGUUGGCAAGGCACUGCCAGUGAACACCCCCAGCCCCAUGUGUGAAAACAUGCACGUGUGCAAACCCAACGUGGCUGAGCAGACCCGGAAGCUAGUGGUGCUGCUCAAUGCGACAGCUCAGGAUCUCUUCAGCAUCUAUCUGGACUGCCAAGGCAACCCAUUCAGCAGCCACCUGGAUGAACUCUGCAAUGCCAACGGAACCAACUUCCCUGACUUCCACGUGAACCGAACCAGCCAUAAGAAGGAGAUCAUGGUGGCCUUAUACAAGGUCUUUGCCUUCCUGAACGCCUCGCUGGGCAACAUCACCAGGGACCAGGAGGAGCUUAACCCCACGGCCAAGGAGUUACUGGAGCGGCUCCACAACACCACCAAGACCACGCGGGGCCUGAUCUCCAACCUGACCUGCCUGCUGUGCACCAACUACAAGGUCUCCCAGGUGGACGUUACCUACGGCAAGAGCAGUAAGGGCAUGAACGUCUUCAAGAAGAAGCAGCAGGGCUGCCAGGUGCUGAGGAGGUACGUGCAGGUCGUCUCCCAGGCAGCACAGGUCCUGCUACCUCACCUCUCGCAGGCGUGAGCUGCCAAACGGACCCUGCCACUCCCCCAGGGCCUGCUGAGCCUGACUGCGGAGGGAUCAGUGCAGCACAGCUGAGGUGAGCGGGGGCAUCUGAGAGGGCAUAUGACAACCAGCUACAGACUUCGGAGGGCAAGGAGGCGAUUGCCCUUUUGUCAGCCCUCUUGGUUUGGACCUUUAAGACACUGAGCUUUCAGGGAAUCCAUCCAUCCAGUGGGGCUGCAGUGGCCCCCUGGCGUGGGACUGGCUCCUCCUUGAUAACUGCCUCCCUCAAGCCCUCUGUGCUUGCCCAGGGCACCGCCGCUCUCUUCCUUCACGGGUGGUCUAUUAUUAAUAAGCCUUGUUUGCUUCCUAUUUAUU